UUAUUAGUCUUUGAUGUUUUCCUUUAGAUCAUUUCAGCGAACAUGUUCGCACUUCGCUAACGUUUUACGAGGCAGUGUGGACUGCGGACCCGGCUUAAGAUGUUGCUAUAUUAGGAAUCAUUUACCACCGCUAAUAUGUUAGGUUUUCUAAAAUCUAGUCUAGUCUAGACUAGAAUAUGAAAUAAUAUAAUUAAUCAUUAUCCCGUAUCUGUUAUAUUCACGGCUAUAGAUAUCUAUAACCACAGACCUGUUAACACAUGUCUAGGACUCUGCUAACAGCUGCUGUUAUCACUUUACUUCACCAACCUUGUUGUGGACUACAGAAUACGGUAUCAACAUCAUCACCAACGUUCGAGGUCUGCGUCUGUCGGUUAUUUUUCAACUUCUAAUUUGUAAUUUGUGGCUUGACGUGUACGUAACACUGUGCUAUCGUAAAUUUUCAAUUACAAUUGACAUUUGACAACGGUUAUAUAUGGAUUCUGUUGAAUAAACUUUGUUCGUUUAUUAUUAUUUACCCAUAAUUAAUCACUAUUUUAAAUAUCAUUAAUUUUAAAAAAUGAAUAAAGAAAGAAGAGUCGGUCGUCGCAGUGUGGUACACAAUUUGGUGAAGCUUACGCCAGAAAACGAAAAUGAUAGAAAAGGACCAAAAAAAGCAUUAUUUGAAAAAAAUAUCGAAGAUGAUUCUACUUUUGCAAUGAGUAGAAGACGAUUAAACCCUUUACACGAGAUAAUUAAUUUUCAAUCAUCAACUAAAUCAAAAAGCCAAGAAAAUCUCCAUACUGAGGGAAUUUUGGGAUCAUCGUCAUCUGCAAAUAACAAUUUGAACUAUAUGGAUGUAUUUAACCAUUAUAAUAAAAUUCCAUUAUCCCCUCCAAAUAGAACAGGUCUCCUUGAAGCAUCAAUGGUGAAAAAUCGCAAGGAAUGUGAAAUUCAUAGGCCUAUACUUCAGUCUGAAGAACUAUUCAACACUCUGAUUGAUUCACCUUGUACGAAGUAUGGAAAAGUUCAGUUUAAUAAUGCAUUAUCAUCUGCAUCAAAAUAUUUAUUAAGUCGCCAUUUAGAAUCGGUAGAAAAAAAUGCAGAUGAAUUUUGUGAAACCCCUACAAACAUUAAUUUGCCUUUACCUACUCAAAUUAAGACGGAUGAAUUCAAAACGCCAUACCUAAUAGAUUUGAAUGAUACGCCGAAACAAGUGAUACCUCAAUUAGAGAAUGAAACUGUAACACAAAGUAUAGAAGAUUUGAUAGAGGAUAUUGAAAAAUUAAAAAAAGAUCAACUUGAAAAUGUUAACAAAAGUAAAUCAGAAUGUUUUAAUAUGCUUAAAUCUAGAUUGAAAGAAAUUGAGCUAGAAAUAGAAAAUCAUUUUCGAACCGUUGAAAAAAAUAUUACUGAAAACCAUGACAAAAUCAUAAAUAUGAUAAAGGAUAAAAAAAAGAAUAGUGUCACUUCUAAAUCAACUGGUGUAGAUGCAGUUAAAGAAGAAACAGUUGUUAAAGAAAAAAACUAUACCAGAAUGACUGGUGCUUUUGGAAUUUUAAAUAAUCUAAAUAAAGACUGUAGCUUUUUGAAAACUCCUAAAACUAAAGGCAAGACUAGGGAAGAAAUGUUAAAUAAAGGAAUUUUAACUCCUGGAACUAUGUCAUUUGUGGUGCAAGAACAAUUAAUGAGUUUAGAUAACAGUCUAUGAGCGUUUUAACAGCCACUAAAAACUUAAUGGGGAGCUGGGAACAUUUGAUGUGAUGUAUUUAUGAUUUUCAUUUAUGUGAUCCAAGUAAAUGUGUAACUGUUUUAUAAACAUACAAUAAAAUAAAAUGUGGGUUAUAAUACAUAUUGUUAUAUUAUAAUAAGUAAAUGAUUUUACAUUAUAAAUUUAGUAACUAUUAUAAAAUAAAUUAAUUUUUGAUAAUUAUAUAAUAUAAUUUAAAUUUAUACUUAAAGAUAGAAGUGC